AUGUGUUCGCUCCAAGUCAGUCUAGCAGUUGCUGUCGUCCAAUUAUUGGACAACACGCAGAGCUGUUGUUUCGCCUACUUUCCUGCAGGCCAGCAGCUCGUUACACCUAUUGGGUCGCGACACCCAAGCGAGACGUUCCCUUCAGGUGCUGAUAUAUAUCCAACUUCACCAUACGGCGCCAAUUUGCCGAUGGCCUUCGGAGGCAACCAACCUACACUACGUGUCACCAGCCCCACGGGUACUUCGCCAAUGGCUCCCAUCUAUCCGGGUCUCUAUUCACACUUGACACCACUGGCUUCUGCUGAUGUAGGUUCUCCAGUAUCAAAGCUGGCUGCCAUGGGUGCGACCCCUUCUGCUGUCUCUCUCAACGAACUUUUCAACUCAAUGCGUUUGACUGGCUCAAACUAUCCAACUUCCGAACUGCCUCAAGCGACUGAUUUAAGCCAGAUGUUCUCCGCACUGUCACAGCACCCAGCAGGAUUCGUCAACGUUAGUGGCUAUCCGAUAUUUUCGUCACCCACAGGGCCACCUUCUGUGCUCACCAGUAUCGCCGCAUUCAUGGAUUCCUCACAACAUCCCACCGUUCAGGCCACUCCCGGCGCUCCUCCGCAACUCAGUCUGGUGUCCAUCGAACCGUCUCCUGGAGCCACCUUUUCUGCAGGUAGUGCAGGAGAUUUGCAUUCGACAGUGACAUCAUAUGCGCCUAGGCUGCUGCAGACAAGUGACUCAGCCACGCACAUGAGCCAUUUGUUUGGAGCUCAGUCCGUUCCAGUGAUUGCCAGACGUCCUAUGGAUCCAUCCGAAAUCACGCCCACCACCACCACCACCUCCGACAAACGGCCUUCAGUUCGUGUCCCGGCUCCAAGGGGCACGUUCAAGCAACUGCCAUCGUCCCACGCGCAGGCUAUCUGUCUUUCAUCACCUCCGUGUUCCCAAUUUGAGUUCCCGUCGCCCACUUCGUCCUCUUCGGCCCCUGUCCCCACUACGAAAGUCCAGCAUUCAGCUUCACCAGAUUUAAUAACUUCUUCGACCAGCCAAUCCCAACUUGAAUCGCCUGGAUCCCCGAAAGAUGCAUCUUCUAGUCAGUCAGGCUCUCCGUUCGACGGAUCAAGGCAGAGUGCCGUAGCCGCUAGUGAUGGUCGGUCCACCGACGCAACUGCCACCACCAGCGGUAGCGGCAGUGAAACAACUGCAGUCACAGCAACACAGCCACUCACGUCCAAGUCCAACACAGGCAAACGGAUUCUAAAUGGCCGACCUUCAAGACCCAAAUCCAGUGAAAUGUUCAACCAAACAAAUUCACGGUUGCAACCACCUGGUGAAACUGACACAGUAACCCGCCUGAAGAGACAAUCGUUGUGGAUACUUGUGCCUGCUUUCCAUCAGAGCCAAACACUCCCUUCCGUCCACAGAUCUGUGUUCCAGCUGUUCGCCGUCAUCGUUUUACUCUUGCACAGUUUGAAUGUAAAAGGCGCCUCAACUUUAUUUUCUAUUCUGAUUUUGAACGUUUUCUUCAGUUCCUCACUCCACCUAGCCCAAUGUGAUUGUGGUUUUCCC